UUUAGAGAAUGUAGGAAAGGAAAGGGUUUUGUAGAGGGAGAGAAUUCCAAACCAAAAAUCCGAAAUAAAUAAUUUUUUUUUUAAAAAAAAAAAGAACCGGGUGUGGGUGUUGUUGGUGUUGGCGGAGGCAGAUCGGAGAUCUGUGAUAGAUAUAGAUGGAGGGAGUUGGGGCCCGGCUUGGGCGGUCCUCGACCCGCUACGGACCGGCCACGGUGUUCACUGGACCGGUCCGGAAGUGGAAGAAGAAAUGGAUCCACGUGUCCCCUUCUUCUGCUUCCUCUAAUUCCAACGCCAAUAAUCAUCACAACCACGCUUCCCAUGCCUCUCAUCUUCUCCUCUACAAGUGGACCCCUCUCACCCACAGCCAGAACACCGCCACUACUAACAACGCUAACGCCAAGGACUCGCCUCCGGAGCCUCCCGAGGAACCGCCUCGAAGGAAAUUCAAAUAUGUUCCGGUUGCUCUACUAGAGGAGCAGAAAAAUGAGGGUGCAGAAAGUGAGGGUACUGAGAAGGUUGACGAGGAAUCUAAACCAAUUGAUGCUGAUUCAGGUGCAGCAGAAGCAACUCACAAGAAUGAGACUUUGGAUGAAAAACCUGACAUAAAUGAUGUCCCAAUGGAAGAAAGUCAGUCUCAGUACAAAAAUCAAGUGGUGCGCCAAGAUCUGAAUGAAAGCACAUUGGACUUAAGUUUGGGCUUGACAUCACAUGAUGAUGAACAUGAUUCUGAUUCAAAAACUAAUCAAACAAGAGAUGGCCAGUAAUGCAAGUUAACUAAGUGGUACUGAUACAUGAACAGCAGGGGUCUCAUGAUUCUCCAGAUAGUGAGAACAUAAAUGAUUCAGUCUAUAUACCUUGUUGAAGGAAAGGAAUUUUCCCCUGGCUUUGUGUUCAACCACUGGUUAUUUUAGGUUGAAUUAUUGUAACGGAAUAUGCCUAUAACAUGGAUUUUUUUUUUAUUGAGUGUCCUUGCAGGGCUGAAUGUAAUAUGCAUUGGAGGAACGGAUAGUGUACCUUUUUCCCCAAUCACUGGACAGAUUUUUUCCAGAUAUUUAUUGAAAUAGGAUAUUCUGGACUUUGAAACUACAAUAGUUUGGAGCUAAA